AGGAUUUAUUUACUCUCUCUUUCGUUCAACGGGCAAAGGUUUUCUUUCUUUUUUUCCUCUCCUCAACGGAAGCUCAAUCUUUCCGGCGGUCUCUCUCUCUAGAGGUUUCUCAGGGUUCCGGGUUUUGAUGCUUUGGUGAUUUUUGGGGGUUCGUUGUUAUAGAAGAAUUGGCCUGCUGAAGUUUGUUGCCUUUGUUGAUUGUAAUAUUGCGAUUCGGAAGCCAAGGGGAGCACAAUAUGGGUGAAGAGAAAGCAGAUGAUUGUUUCCAUGAGAAUAAGCAAUCGAUAGCUGCAUCGAGCUCUUCCAUUUCCGAGAACAGCGGCAGUGUUAAUCUUAAGUCGCCGGGAAUACCUAGCACCACCCCUUCUUCGCCCGUGCAGCGGAGAACAAGUGGCCCUAUUAGACGAGCAAAGGGUGGCUGGACGCCUGAGGAGGACGAUACACUAAAGCAAGCUGUUGCAGCUUACCGGGGGAAGUGUUGGAAGAAAAUUGCUGAAUUUUUUCCUGAUAGAUCAGAAGUACAAUGCCUACAUCGAUGGCAGAAGGUUCUAAAUCCCGAUCUUAUAAAAGGGCCAUGGACUCAGGAGGAAGAUGAAAAGAUCGUUGAACUUGUAGGGAAGUAUGGGCCUGCAAAGUGGUCUCUCAUUGCCAAGUCAUUGCCUGGUCGAAUAGGAAAGCAAUGCCGUGAAAGGUGGCACAAUCAUUUGAAUCCAAGUAUAAAGAAAGAGGCGUGGACAUUAGAGGAGGAGCUAGCUCUUAUAAAUGCACAUCGAGUCCAUGGGAAUAAAUGGGCUGAAAUAGCAAAGGUCUUAGCUGGAAGGACUGACAAUGCUAUCAAGAACCACUGGAAUAGCUCUUUGAAGAAAAAGUUAGAUUUCUACUUGGCCACAGGAAACCUACCACCUCCUUCCAAGAAUGACCUCCAGAACACUUGUAAAGAUGAAGACAUCAAAACCAGUUUGAGAGAAAAGGGCUUUGAAUGUUGUUUGAGCAAGCCAUCUGAUUCAACGGAGCUAGCAGCUUCAUCAGGAACCACAGAUGUUUGUAAAACAGUAGUAGAUACAGAACAGGUCCGUGCAGAACGCACAACCGCAGAGGAAAUGGCUGCUUCAACCAGUAGUCCUCAAAUUGAUUCUGCUGAUUCUGAAGAUGUACGGCCAUGCGAGGCCAAAUCAAAUUCCACACCAAAACUAAUUAGACCCCAAGUUUUUAGUUCUAUUACACACGUUACAUAUGGUAACUUAUGCUAUGAACCCCCACGGUUAGAAAGUAUCAUUCCACUGGAUUCCGAUUUCCUCAAUCCUUUUCCAACCCCACCCAGUGAGAAGCAUAGAAGUUUAUGUCUGCAGACCCCAGAGUCCAUAUUGAAAAUUGCUGCCCAGAGCUUCCGGAAUACCCCAUCUAUUUUAAGAAAGAGGAAGAGUGGGUCCCAGUCAUCCACGCCACUCGGGAAGGCUGGCGAUGACGGUGCUACUGGUGGAUUAGGAGAUGAAAUCCAACUAAGAAACAAUCCAAAACCUUUCAACGGAUCUCCUCCUUACCGAAUAAUAAGAUCCAAACGGACAUCUGUGAUCAAGUCUGUGGAAAAGCAGCUUGAGUUUGGCCCCAACAAAGAGCAGGAUGAGGAUAACUGCUGCACCAACACAUCCAGCAGAACAACUGUGGAACACCUCUCUCCUGCAACCAAAGCUAUGUCAAAUGGAGCAUCAUAGUUUGGACCACUGCAAGUACAUUUCUUUUGAUUCCAGCUUCAUUCGUGUUCUUCUCCUGUGGAUCAUAGUUUGGACCACUGUUAGUAUUUGAUAUUUUCCAAGAGAGGGAAACCAAUUACUUGUCCUGUUCUUCUACAGAUUAGAAGUGAAGAAGGCAGUGAAGUUUCAGACUUGGCAAGUCAUGGCCCACGCUAUAUGAUGUGAAGAUUCUUUCUUCAUUAAGCAGCAAGGUUUUAUACGUCGACUUCAUGCAUCAAUGCGUUUUGAUUUGUUUCUGGCAGUCGCAUUGGAUUUGUACAUAAACGCGGUGCACGUUUGGUAAGUGUUACUCAGUAGUAUUUAGUUGAAAUGAGCGAUUAUUUAUUUUGAUUUUUGAAAGGGGAAGACGCAUGGUAAAGAUGAUUUUA